CUUGUAAAUAGAGAGUAGAAGAGCUUUCCCAAGCAGCGUGUGCGUGUGGCUCACACAGACCUGACACCACGAGGAGAAGCCUUAGAGGGAGCGCGGAAGGACUCAGGAGACCUUGGGAAUCUGUCCAUGGUGCUGGAGUAAAGGACAAGUCACACAGGAGUUGAUCCUUAGGUCCCAGCCAACAGUUCCAGCAGGUCCCUAGGCAAAUCUGCAGGGGACGCUCUGCCAGAGGUCAGGUUUUGAUGCCUUGGACUUGACCCAGCCAAAAGGAGCCCAGAAACCUCAAGUUCUUGUGUUACGGUGAGGAGUAACCUGCCAUGGGCUCCAUUGGAAGCCAGCGCCUCAAGGAGCCCUGCAUGGCAGCCUCAUCUGGCCAGAGUGUGGUGACAAGCUUCAGCUUUGACAACUUCCAGCUGGAAACAACAGCAGAGGGUGCUCAGGAUCCAAGUGUCCGAGUCAGGGGUGUCCCCGCUUUCACAGACUCUGCCGUAGAGGAGCCUGUGCCAGAUGACCGCUACCAUGCCAUCUACUUUGCCAUGCUGCUGGCUGGCGUGGGUUUCCUACUGCCAUACAACAGCUUUAUCACCGAUGUGGACUACCUUCACCACAAGUACCCAGGGACCUCCAUUGUGUUCGACAUGAGCCUCACCUAUAUCUUGGUGGCACUGGCUGCUGUUCUUCUAAACAACGUUGUGGUGGAGAGGUUGAACCUGCACACUAGGAUCACCACAGGCUACCUCCUUGCCUUGGGUCCCUUGCUCUUCAUCAGCAUAUGUGAUGUGUGGCUUCAGCUUUUCUCGCACGAUCAGGCUUAUGCCAUCAACCUGGCCGCCGUGGGCACUGUGGCCUUUGGAUGCACAGUGCAGCAAUCUAGCUUCUAUGGCUACACGGGAUUACUGCCCAAGAGGUACACGCAGGGGGUGAUGACUGGAGAGAGCACGGCAGGGGUGAUGACUUCCCUGAGUCGGAUCCUCACUAAACUGCUGCUACCAGAUGAGCGGGCCAGCACCAUCAUCUUCUUCCUGGUGUCUGCCGGCCUGGAGCUGCUGUGCUUCCUGCUGCACCUGCUGGUGCGGCGCAGCCGCUUUGUGCGCUACUACACCACGCGGCCUCGCGACAGCCGCCCGGUCCGAGCUGGUUAUCGCGUGCACCAUGACGUCGCAUCAGGAGACAUCCACUUCGAGCACCAAACUCCAUCCCUGCCCAGCAGCAGGUCCCCGAAGGACAGCCCGGCCCAUGAGGUGACCCACAGCAACAGUGGGGCCUACAUGCGUUUUGAUGUGCCUCGGCCACGGGUCAAACGGAGCUGGCCCACCUUCAGGGCCCUGCUGUUGCACCGGUAUGUUGUGGCGCGGGUCAUCUGGGCUGACAUGCUGUCCAUCGCGGUUACCUACUUUAUCACACUGUGCCUGUUCCCUGGCCUGGAGUCUGAGAUCCGCCACUGUGUGCUGGGCGAGUGGCUGCCCAUUCUGGUCAUGGCCGUGUUCAACCUGUCAGACUUCGUGGGAAAGAUCCUGGCGGCCCUACCGGUGGACUGGAGGGGCACUCAUCUGCUUGCCUGCUCUUGCCUGCGCGUGGUUUUCAUCCCCCUCUUCAUCCUGUGUGUCUACCCCAGUGGCAUGCCUGCCCUCCGCCACCCUGCCUGGCCCUGUGUCUUCUCACUGCUCAUGGGCAUCAGCAAUGGCUACUUUGGCAGUGUGCCCAUGAUCCUGGCAGCGGGUAAAGUGAGCCCCAAGCAGCGGGAGCUGGCAGGAAACACCAUGACUGUGUCCUAUAUGUCGGGGCUGACCCUGGGCUCCGCUGUGGCCUACUGCACCUACAGCCUCACCCGUGACGCCCACAGCAGCUGCUUCCAAACGGCCACCGCCAACAACUCCAUUCCUGUUGGCCCCUGAGCCAGGCCCACCUGACCCUGCCCACUGCCCAGGGAGGGCUGCUCAGGCCAGCCACCCCAAGGCCUGAGGGCCCUCCCCACCCCUGCCUCAGUGCCUGUGGGGUCCUGGCAGCCUCCUAAGCCACUAAUGCCACCUCGCCACUUCGCUCCAGUUGCCCACUGCGCCGGAGCGUGUCUUCAUCACCCGGGGCGCUGCCUACCCCUGUGUCCUGUGUAUGGUCAGACACUUGCCCUUCUCUCUAUGUCCAGAGGCCCAACCUUUGUCACAUCAGCAUGAUGGGGUCAUUCAGACUCAAAGCCACCCAGAACGGCUGACCACCAGUCUGAGCGACUCUCUUCCCUAUGACCCCACUAUGGUCUUUAAUGUGGUUUUCACUUAUUGGGUAGGUAACACAUCCUCAUGAGUAUUAGGAGUCCCCAGUGCCAUUCUGUCCCCUUCUUCCCCUUCUUAGACACCACACACACACACACAGCAUUACGACUGGAAAACUCACUCCUGGGACUACACAGGCCUCCCAUAGUCAUAGCUACAGAGCUGACCUGGGUACACCCACCUGAGGUGGAGGAGUUCCACCACGCACCCCUCUAGAGCACAGGUUAAGGGCCAUGGUUAACAAGGAAGUCCCCCAUUCCCUCCUCAGCUCCACUCAAGCACUCAAGCUAUCCAUAAUGCAGGGACAGCUAAGAACCACGCCUGCCCUAGGCCACCCUGACCCUGCCCAUUGACUUCAAACAGUGACAUGAUGCACUUGAAACCCUGGCAAGUGGCAGCAAGCUGGGGAGUGGGGUCACUGGGUGGCGGGGUUGGUGAUGGGGCCUCCGGCCAAAUACGGCUUUUGCUGAGCCAGGACACUUGCCUCUCCAUACACUCUGACCCCAGCUGUGACCACCCUGUACCAAUCCCUGCUGUGUCCCGUCUACCUGUGUGUCCUCUGACUACCGCACUGGCCAUUAAAGAUGGCAGAGACUGCCCA